AUGCUAAGAGCUAAUACAGCACCAUUUCCCCCUGGUGGGUAUGGAAACAUCGUUCCAGCCACUGUAGCGGGCCAAGCAAUCACAAUUGUUUACGCUUUCAUUGGUAUCCCGUUUCUACUCAUGGUUCUUGCAGAUCUCGGAAAGCUGUUUACUCGUUGGAUCAAAGCUGCAUUUUUCUAUAUCAAGCUUUUUUAUCACACUGGAAAGUUCCGCAAAGCUAGGAAAAUGGGAAGACGAGCUACAGCAGUCCCAGUGCAGUACAUGACAGUAGCAUGGAAUAAAAUGCCUUACAUGGUAUAUCAAGGAAGGUCGAAGAAAACUGGUGCCGAGAACACUUCCAAGUCAGAGGAUAAAGACGUAGAAAUUGAAGAAAAUAAAGCUAAAGACGGUGAAAACAAAGUUGAGGGCAAAGAGAAAGAGAAAAAAGAUAAAAAGAAGAAGGAAACUAAGAAAGAAGAAGAGGAGACGGUCGAGGAGAAUGAAGGUGGUACUAAAGCCCUCGCAAUUCAAGAAGAAGAUAUUGAUGAUGAAUUCAAUCUUCCCGUGUCUUUAGCGGUGAUUUUGCUUAUUACUUAUAUGAUGUUAGGGGCUUUUAUAUUCACACUGUGGGAAGAUUGGACUUUCUUUGAAUCCUUUUAUUUUGUUUUUAUUUCAAUGAGUACCAUUGGUUUUGGUGAUUAUGUACCAAACCAUCCGAUGUAUAUGAUGGCAACCUUUAUUUAUUUGCUUUUUGGAUUAGCCUUAACAUCUAUGUGUAUCAAUGUUGUUCAAGAAAAGUUAUCGGCUACUUUCGAAAUGGCUAAGUUGCGCAUUGGUACAACCAUAGGUCUUGAUGCGAAUAUUCUGAUGGAAGAAGAUCUCAGCGACAAAGUUGAAUCUCCUGACAGUCGACGAAGGGGCAGCUCAGUAAAAUCUCGAAGAGGUUCCAAAGCUCCUCCAGUUAAUGAGGAAAUCGAAGAAAACCAGCCGAACGAAAUUGCCAUUGUCCAUCCGAAAGAAAAUGGCUUAAGUGUUGAACAAAUGAAAUAAACCAUAAGAAUGAAGACCAUUUUUGUUAGUUUUUGCUCAAGCCGCAAAUAGCUUACCGACAAAUUUUUCCUUAGUAAUUUCAAAAGGUGAAAUUUCCUGAAAUACAUAAUUCAGUCAUAGAGUACAAUUUGCUUUAAAGAAAGCUUUAUGCCUUACGACUGUGAUAAUCUAUUUGUGAUUCAGGACAGAGUGCAUUAUUUCAUGUCUUUUCGUCAACUGCUCUACGUGCAUAAUAUUUGAAGGUUGUCAACUGCUAUAUAUUUCUUAUAAAAAUUAAAAAACACGGGAGUGUUCUAAUUUAGUUCCAUAUGAAAACAGUCGAGUUGUAGCCAUUAAGUGCUUUAGUCCCGAUUAUGCAGUGUUUGCUUAAUGUUGACGCACAUUAUUGAAAAGGAAAUCUCUCAUAAUCUUUCAUCCUGUUCAGAUUUUUCUGUGAUAUGAUGUUUGCAGGAUGUAGUGAGAGAACUGAAUGUUUUCUCACACUAAUCUUUCCCUUUCUUUUUUCUUUCUUUCUUUUUUUUUUUUUUUUUUUCUAAUUUAUUUGCGAAAUGAACAGAAGCAACUAUAUUAAGAUAUUUUGGCAUUCACAUAUUUUUGAUAAAUUUCCAUAAUUUUGUAGGCUUUACAUUGAUCAUUUAUAAAUUAAUGCGAUUAAAAAUAUAAGCAAAAUGCAAUCAAAAUGUAGAUUUGGUACAAUGCAUUUCUAUUUUUGCAAGAAAAAUGAGUAUUUCUCACACACUUUUAAAAUAUUUUUAUGAUACAUUUAGUUAAAUAUUGCUCUUUUACUUACUAAAUUAGUAUUUAGAUACUUUUCUACGUUUUAAUUAAUACACUAUCCGUACAAAAAAGUGGGGAGGGGGGAGAAAAGAAAAACAUAUACGCAAUGAAUGCACCCUUUUCCUUCUCACUAACAGAAAGAGAGAGGAAUUAAUGUCUUCUCUUAAAUUUAUGAGAAAUAGAGGUGAAUGAAAAGCCCACAUGAAAAUUAAUUAAUGUAGCCAAUCAUUAUUGAUAUACAAAUGAUAUUUAUCAUAUAGUAUUAUGAUUAGGAAACUCAGUACAUUAUGAAAAGAAGUCAAACAUUUGCAAUGAAAAGGAGUCUAUGAAAUAUCUGCAAUUUUCUUAUCGAGUUGGCCCUCUAUUUUAUCUGUACUACUUCAGUUUUAUCUCGAAAUUACUGAACGCAAAACUUUCAGACAUAUUCUUAAUUCUAAAUGGGAGCUCAAUAAGUAGCAUUUACUCUAGUAGCUGCACCAGGAGAAUAUUUAUAUUCCUCGAAUUAUUUCUUAUUUUAAUGUCGGACAUACUUAAAAGGUGCUCUAAUUGCAAGUUUACCUUUAGCACUUUAUUAAACGUAGAAUUUAUAUAAAGUCAAUUUGCGUAAUGAUAUUAGUGUAGAAUAACAUAUGCCCCCCCCCGAAAAAAAGAAAAGCCUUUUAAAAAAAAAUUACUCUUUUUAAUUAAAAGACUGAAAUAUUUUACAUUAAAGCUUUGAUCGCUGAUACGAGAAAGAAUGUCAAAUUUCUAUUAGAUUGUGUUAAAUAAUACACAAAAAUAUUAUCAUAUAUUCACAAGUUUAAUUUUAAUUGAACAUACUCCUAAUCUUUAUAGAAUGUAAGUAGUAAACAUUUUAUCAUCUGUUAUUUGCUAUUUAUGAUUGAAGAUCUAAAACCAAUAAGAAUCUUUUAGAAAGAAAUUCUCAGUUUUUAUUAUUCAGCACUAUGUAGCAUUUAAAUUUAAUAUUUUAAUGUGUAUUUAAAUGCAAUAUUUUAAUACAAGUUUUAAUAUGAAAAAUGGUGUUUCUCUAAUGAUCAUAUUUUAGAUUACCUUUUUCAGAAUAUGCAGUCUAUUUGAUUCAAACACAAAUUGUUUCAUUUUUUAUUAAAACCAACGCCAAUAUUAAAAUUCCUAAAAUAAUCUUCCUACUUCUGACAUUAAAUUGACUGAGUGACAAAAAAAGCUGAUUCCGUCUCCCUCGCCAGAUACUUUAGAUCCAGUUUCACAGAAAUGUUUUAGGUGUUAUAAAUCUGAAAAUUCUUUCUGACUUGAUCAAAUGCGCUUUUCCCUGUGAAUUCAAAAAGGUAGUUUCUACAACGAAAAGUUCAUUUCAAAUAAAAUACAUUUACUGAUACUUAUAUAUUCGGUAAAUUCUAAAAAACUGAUACCUUUAUCAAAGCUGACUCAUAUAGUUCAACUGUCAUUAAUGAAUUAAAGACUGCUCACUUUGUUACGAAUUUCACCUAAAAUAUAACUUUGUAUUUAUUUCUUUAGAAGAAUAUCUCAACAUAAGUGCUAUAUUUGUGAAACGGAAGAAAAUUUGAAAAAUUGUUGAUAUGUAGAAUUUAAAUUGCUCGUGUUGCCAUUUUUGUAAUAUAUUGAGCACUGACCUUCUUACACUGUAUAUUUGUAAAGCAUUACUUGUUACUGUCGUUACUUUUGUAAUCUAUAAAAUGUUAUAUGCUCAUGCUGCUAA